UCAUCUUCUAAACCAUUUCUAUUUCGUGCCUCACACGACCUCGCUCUGAGUAUCAAAAGAGAGCAUAGCCAGGGAUACAAUGGAUUCUGCAGGGUUCACACAAAAAUCCCAUGCAGUUUGCAUCCCUUACCCAGCUCAAGGCCACGUAACUCCCAUGCUAAACUUAGCAAAGCUCUUACACAGCCGUGGCUUCCAUGUCACUUUCGUCAACACUGAGUUUAACCAUAACCGCUUGCUUAAAUCCAGAGGCCCAGACUCUCUCGACAGCCUCCCUUCCUUCCGCUUCCAGACAAUUCCCGACGGACUCCCGCCGAGUGACGUCGACGCCACCCAAGACAUACCCUCUCUUUGCAAAUCUACCAGCAAGACCUGCUCACCUCACUUUAAACAACUUCUCCACAAACUCAACCACUCCGAUGGUAUUCCUGUCACCUGCAUAGUUUCCGAUGGAAUCAUGAGCUUCGCCGUCGACGCAGCUGAAGAACUCGGCCUCCCCAUCUUGCUGUUUUGGACACCUAGCGCUUGUGGCGUCUUGAGUUACCUUCAUUACCGUCAUCUUAUUGAAAAGGGUUUGAUACCUCUAAAAGAUGAGAGUUAUUUGAACAAUGGGUACCUCGAUACUGCUAUACAUUGGAUACCAGGCAUGAAGGAUAUCCGGUUGAAAGACCUGCCAAGUUUUAUCAGGACAACUGAUCCAAAUUCCAUCAUGCUAGAUUUUAUUAUGGGUGAGACAGAUCGAGCCAAAAGAGCUUCAGCAAUUGUGUUAAACACGUUUGAUGCCCUGGAGCACGAUGUUUUAAGUGCACUGUCCCCGUUGCUGCCGCCUAUUUAUCCCAUCGGCCCCUUGAACUUUCUAGCAAAUCAGCUGGUCGAUGAUGAAACAAAACAGAUAGGCUCAAACUUAUGGAAGGAAGAUCGCGAGUGUCUGCCAUGGCUAGAUUCUAAAGAAGCCAACUCGGUUGUGUACGUGAACUUUGGAAGCAUAACAGUCGUGACAACCAACCAACUCGUUGAGUUCGCUUGGGGGCUGGCGAACAGCAAGAAGACGUUCUUGUGGGUGAUUAGACCUGAUCUUGUCGUCGGCGAUUCGGCCGUAUUGCCGCCGGAGUUUGUGGAGGAGACUAAAGAGAGAUGUUUGCUGGGCAGCUGGUGCCCGCAGGAAGAAGUUCUAAGGCACCCAUCAAUCGGCGGAUUCUUGACGCAUAGCGGGUGGAAUUCGACCAUCGAGAGUAUCUGCGCGGGCGUCCCGAUGAUCUGCUGGCCAUUUUUUGCAGAGCAGCAGACAAAUUGCAGAUACUGUUGCGAGAAAUGGGGUAUAGGCAUGGAGAUUAACAGUGAUGUAAAUAGAGACGAAGUUGAGAGUCUGGUUCGAGAGCUCAUGGAAGGUGAGAAAGGAAAAGAGAUGAAGAAGAAUGCCAUGGAGUGGAAGAGGAUGGCGGAAGGGGCCACUUGUUCGUCUUGUGUGAACUUGAAGGCGAUGAUUAGCAAAAUCCUUCUACAUCAAGAUUAGGCUGUUUGUUAACUAAUUAUUUCAUGCGUUCCUGCUAAUCGAAACUAUUUUAUU